CAUCUAUGGUGGUGGGAUCGACCGGUGGAAUAGCGAGGCUGGAUAUUGGGGGAUCGAACGCACUAUUUCUGGGAGGUAACUCCUUUCCUGCACGAAGUAACCUUUUCCGGUGGAACGGAACUCCUUCCAAGUGAAACACAACUGCUUGCUCCUGGACGGAACUCCUUCCCUGUGAAACUGAAGCUCGUCCCUGUGGGACGGAGCCCCUUGCAGUGGGACGUAAUAUCAACCCAUUGGGGCCCCCAUGACUCGCACCUACGCCAACACCAGUCGACUCCCCAGGCUCGACACCCCGAGGGAGCACGAGAGGAUGCGAGAGCAGUCUCCACAGGACCUGCGGGGGGCCAACUAUUACAGGCUGCAGGACAAACACCGCCCCGGGCCCUCCUCCUCCACCAGGGUGGUGCUGCUGCCGGUGCUGGAGGACGAGGACCACCCGCUGCCCUACUACUGCUCGGGGGACGUGGUCCUCCCCGCCCUGGCCGAGGUCCCUUGGAAGGAAGAUGAGAAGAGGAAGGCCAAGGCCCGGGUCGAGACCUUCGUCAACGACAGUAACCUGCAGACGGCGCUGCUGGACGACCUGGUGGACGACACCAUCCAGGAGGAGAUCGUUGCCGUCGCCUCCACGGUCAUCGAAGAGAGCAAGUACGAGAAGGAGACGGACAGGACUGUGGCGGGUCUAGUGGAGGAAGGGUUGGUUAUGCCCGAGGUGCAGCGUCUGGUGUACCUUGGCGUGUGGUCGCUUCUCUUCGAAAUCGGCCGUUCCCUCCCUCAGGAGCAGUACCUCGAACUCAAGAAGGAAGAAGACCGGCUGGUCCUCGAUAGAGUGGCUCGAGAGGCGCUGCUCUCCCAGAUGCUAGAGGGGGAGCAGUGGGCGGAGAACCUGAAGGAGGAGAAGAUGCUGUCGGAGGUGCCGUGGGACGUGCUGGUCUUCCACUACCACAGACAGCUGCAGGAGAACGCGCUCUCCAACAACGUCGCUCUCAGGAUGCUGCAGGAGCGGCUGGUGAUGCAGGCUGCGAGGGAGGAGGUCUUCAACAAUUGCCUCCUAGACGUUCUGGAGGAGCAACUUACGCACACCGACGAAAAUGAGAAGCUUUCCACGCCCCCGCGCCUAGGGUGACCUGCGCUCCCCGCGCCUAGGGUGACCUGCGCUCCCCGCGCCUAGGGUGACCUGCGCUCCCCGCGCCUAGGGUGACCUGCGUUCCCCGCGCCAAGGGUGACCUGCGCCCCCGCGCCAAGGGUGACCUGCGCCCCCCGCGCCAAGGGUAACCAUCCCCGGGGCACCAUUCCUUCCCCUUGUCCUCGUAUCCCUUUCCGGAUGCUAUAUAGUUAUCACGGAUUAGCCCGUGUUAUAUGGACAUUUUGUUCCGAGUAGCUAAAUCUUAAACAACAAACAACACUUUCUCCUCAUAAUUACGUUACCAUCACAUGUUCAUCUCCGUACUCUUUCUGGUAAGACAUGCUCUUGAAUGUCACUAUUCAGUGCCAGAGCCACCCUGGAUUAUCCUCUCAGUCACAGCCCACGCACAAGUGUGGCCCUAGCGAGCAUCCUCCCCCCUCCGUCCACGGCCCUGUCCUUGUGUCCUCCAAACACCAGGAAAAACUCAUUUAAAGAACUCCCUUCAUUCCCUGUCACAAAGAGGCUCUUAAUUGUAAAACUCUCGGUGAAAUCCUGUGGACUACAAGUUAGGAAAGGGAACUACCAGGAGAAAGCGUCUAGCCAUUACGACUAUGUAGCACUUGGAAGGGAUCGGGGGGAUAAGGAGUUGGGAUAGGACGUGGAGGGAAGGAACCAGCCACUUGGGACGGUCGGGGAUUAUUUGCACUUUAGCAGGUCGGCGAGGUCAUGACCUCCACGGUUGGGGGGGUAGAACUAGCCUAAGCUAAUCUAUCCCUUUAAGAUCUAUUUUAUUGUCUCAAUAAACGUACUUGAAGGGGCCAUGAGAUUAGUUUUUUUUAAAAGUUGUUUAAUGUCAACCAAUAUUUUUUGACUAGUUGUGUAUGAAAAGGGCUGCAAUUGUUCCAAGUUUCA